AUGGAUGAAAAAUCGAUUGGUGCAAUCUCCUUACAAGGACCUUUGUCCUGGAAGGUAUUCAUUGAUGGUGCGGCAAACCACAGAGGAUCUAGAGUAGGACUAGUUUUGAUAUCUCCCGAGAGGAUUACAAUUGAGAAAUCCUUGAGAUUGGGCUUCUCAGCCACAAAUAAUGAAGCUGAGUAUGAAACUCUACUGGUAGGGAUGACCAUGGUUCAGAAAAUGGUGGAAAAACAGUGGAAAUAUUCUCUAAUUCAAGGGAAUGGACAGGCUGAGGUUGUUAAUAAGGUCAUAGUAAGUGGAUUCAAGAAGAUAUUGGAUGAUGCGAAGGAAAAAUGGGUGGAAGAGCUUUCACACGUCCUUUGGAUGUAUUGGACCACCUGGCGUAGAUCAAUGGAAAAGACACCCUUUUUAGUGACUUAUGGAGCUGAGAUUGUUAUUCAUUUGGAGAUUGGAUUCCUCAUACUGAGGACGAGUUUUUUCACUCUAAGCAACAAUGAUGGGCUAUUGGCGAAAAGUUUAGACUUGAUUGAAGAACGGAGAGAAAAUGCCAUGGUCCAACUGGCUUAUAAUCAACACAAGCUCAAGCAAAGGUUUGAUGCCAAUGUGAAGCUAAGGCCACUGGCACCUUGA